ACAUGUAUAUAAAGUAGCAAAUUAUCGUUCCUGAAUAGGUGGCGCCGUGGUAGCGGAUCCUGUUCCUCAACAUCCGGUUUCUGCACUGUGCAACUAUUUCAGUUGUAUUUUUAAUUAACGAUGCCAAGUACUUGUUGUUGUGUACAUGGAUGUCAUUUAAGAGGAGGACAUGCAUUUCCAAAUGACUUAAAAAGAAGGAAAAGUUGGAUCAACGCCAUAGCCCAUACGCAGAUUGGACGAGAACACGAUGAAAUCGUGGAGUCCAUCUCAAUCAGCUGUUGUUUGCAAGGCACGUUUUACUGAAAAAGACUACGUGCAGGAAACUAUUCAUGGGCGCAAACCCACCAUACAGAGACUUAAGUCUACUGCCAUUCCCAGCCUAUUUUCCUGGACCAAGCAAGAGACUGAAUCGUCCGCAAAAAGAAAAAUCAGGGCAGUUUUCUGUGAAAACAAAAGAACUAAACUUGAUGAAUAUUGUAGUAGAAAUCUAGAGGAAAGUUUUGAUUGUAAAGUUGGUUUUCCUGAAAAAGUCAUUCAUACUGCAGAAAGGAUUUAUGACUGUCCACCACCAACUGCCGAGCUAAUGUUGAGCUUCACAGAUGGAAUUACGCAAACACCAUCAAUGCCUAUGUUUUCAGCAGAGAAUUUUUAAAUGAAGACACGUGACACAGCCAUGCAUUUUUAUACCGGUUUAGAGUUGUAUACUAAAUAUUUAUUUGUUUUGACCACAUUUGGUCCAGCAGCACAUUCUUUGAGAUACAUAUAUUUUCAAAUUGAUAGGAUGUCAGUUGAAAAUCAGUUUUUUUAUGACUUUGAUGAAAUUGAGGCAUUAUACAACCAACUUUGAACUGUCUAGAUUCUAGAUUGAAUCUAGUGUUAAGAAUGUUGUGUAUACAUGGAUUGUUUUUAUGUCUAAACAGUGGUGUGAGGCUAACACUUGGCCAUCUAGUGGUUUAGUCAGGUAUUUUUCACCAUCCAACUUCAAAUUAAAGUUACCUACGACUUGGAUUAUUAUUGACAGACCAGAAUAUCCCGUGAUAAAACCUAAAGCUCAUAGAGCUCAGGCAACCUUUUCAUCAUAUAAAAACAGAAACACUGAAAAUUCUUGAAUGUUCGACACCUGGUGGUUUAGUCAACUAUGUCUCUAAUGCAUACAUGUACAUUGUAUGUUGGUUGUACCAGUGACUAUGAAAUAGUUGAAAGAUGUAGAAUAGUUCAAUUAUGUGAUCCAGGUGACAGUGUGAUGGCAGACAAAGGUUUAAAUGUGCAAGAUUUGUUUGCUAACUUUUUUCAAAAAAUGAAACAGAAUUAGUUCCAAAACUCUUAUACGGGAUAGAAAAGUCUCCAAUUAACACGUGCACAUAGAGCGAAUUAUUGGACUUGGCAAAACAUACAAAAUUCUAAUAAAUCCUAUGAAUGGAACUGAAACAAAACUUUCAUCUGAAAUAACAUUAAGUUGUUUUAUGUUGUGUAAUUUUAGAACUUGUACUGUGCCAAUGCCAAGGAUGCAUAAAUAAAAGUGACGCAAUGAA